AUGUUAUUGACUGACGUUUUGGGUUUCACAAUCGACGAUUCCCGUACAAAGAACCAGUCUUCCAUUUCUGUCACCAACAAGUCUGCCAUCAAUUACUGCCACCAAACAUGUGAGCAAUAUCGACAACCGUUAAUUACCGCCACCCAACCUAAACUUCCAGGGGCCGGUGGCCCAUAUCUUCUGUCAGAAAAAAGUACUCCCCCUUACCAUGAAAAGAAUGAAGUCUAUUCGCAACCUCAUUUUCAGUAUUACACAUGUACAAUUGGAGAAAACGGGGUUGAUGAACGUCUUGAGGAUAACAAGAUCCUAUCCAAUGAGGGUAGGAAAGAACUACAUUACCCGACUUACAACAUUUCGUAUAUCGUGGAUGAUUGGCUCGGGAUAAAUACAAUACUCUCUCAUGAUACCAAAAAAAGCCCCACAAUACUCACAUACGCAGGGUACUAUUGUAUUGGAAGUAGAAGCCAUAUGUCGUUGUUUUGGAGGCAUUUGAAGAAAGGUUACUGAGAUGGAAAUCCAUAAGUUAUCGACCUUUAACAUACUUCAUAUGUAAUUGAAUUGGAAAAUCAGACUCUAGAAAAGUAUUUUUGAAACUAACUAUUUUGAUUAGUAACUAAUUAUUGAAGUAUUAUUAUACAUUUGAGAAGAGAUUAAUAGGUUGUUUAGAUUGUAUUAGAUGACAUAAUCUUUUGUAAAGAUACAAGGUAGAGUAGAAUAUUAAAAGGCUAU